AUGCGCAACCUCAAAAUCGUUGCGAGAUCGCUGUUGCGUUUCUCCGGCGAGGAUCCACUACCAAUCACAGCGACUGCAUGGGAUCCCGCAUCCAACGCUCUGAUAUGCGCUUUUGGACCAUCCGAGUCACGUGCGACCAUCGAACUCAAGAGGCUACACUACACGCGCAACGGUGCAGAGGAUCGACUCGAGAGCAUUGCAGCGUGGGAUGCACCGUGCCCUUUGCCCUCGCUUACCCAUGACUCCAUAUUGAGCCUCCACCACUUUUCGGACUCCUCGACAUCGUGUCUCAUCUUAGCUGGCGGCGACAUUAUUUUGGUCCGAGAAAACCCCGUACAAAAUGAGGAAUUGGUCGAGAUUGUUGGGUCCGUCGACACAGGCAUCUCAGCAGCCGCUUGGUCACCGGACGAGGAACUGCUCGCCAUCACUACACUCGCAGACACACUCCUGUUGAUGAGCCGCGACAUUGAGAACAUCGCAAGUGUCACUUUGGCACCAGAGGACGUGAACGUAUCAAGCCAUGUCUCUGUGGGAUGGGGGAAAAAGGAGACACAGUUCAAAGGCAAAAGAGCAAGGGCAUUGCAGGACCCAACCGUACCCGAGACCAUCGAUGAAGGUGUCCUGAGUCCAUGUGAUGACCGUUGUGUAAUCAUCAGCUGGCGAGGCGAUGGAGCGUACUUCGCUGUGAACAAGGUCGAGGAAGAACGACGCCGCAUGAUUCGUGUCUACUCAAGAGAAGGGCAACUCGACAGCGUCAGCGAACCCGUGGAUGGCCUCGAAGGAGCCUUGAGCUGGCGCCCGUCUGGAAACCUCAUCGCAGGAGUUUGUCGUUCGAGCGACAAGAUUGAGGUCGUUUUCUUCGAACGCAACGGGCUUCGUCAUGGACAGUUUGACCUGCGCUUCACAGUCGAAGAGCUGGAAAGACUGACAGUAGCUGACACAAGAGCCGUAGGUGCGCUUCAGAUACUCGAGUACGCAUCUGUAGUGGCAGCUGGCUCGACUGCACCACCUAACGACUUCGGCAUGGUUGCAUCAAUAGACGGGUUGUCACUGAAGCUCACUCCCUUGAGACUGGCGAAUGUUCCUCCGCCUAUGGCAUUCCACACAUUGGCGCUCGAGCACAAAGCCAUAGACGUCGCCGUUUCCGAGACUGGAAACAAAGUCGCUGUCCUUUCAGAUAACGACAUCGCUUUGUAUGCCCUUGAUCUGAGCAAGCGGCCUAUCCCCAAACCCAUCCUGCUCUGGAAGAGUAAUGUCAUCAAGACAAGGUGUCCACGACACGUAACUUUUGUUGGUGACGAACGCCUCUUUUGCUUGACUGACAAUUGGGAUGAGGAGGAGAGUUGUCUUUGGAGAUCUGAGGGUCCCGAGCUCUUACCACUUGGACCAAUUAUCGAGACAGUGGGUGCUUCGUCACUUUUGUCGGACGUAGACUUCAUGGCACUCUAUGUCCAGUUUCAGGACGGAUCAUUGCACCUCAUUGACACACAUGGGGACAGCACGGACCUGCCUCCACAGACGUCAUUGGUGCACAAGUUUCCUUCGCUUGUUCCAGAAGUAAAGGUUGUCACAGUUGAGGGACAGACUUUGGCCUUUGCCUUGACUAAGAGCGGUGUUCUCUACGCAAAUGGCCGAGCCCUUGUCCGCAACUGCACUUCGUUUGCUGUAACGUCGGCUCACCUUAUCUUCACAACGACACAACAUCUCCUCAAAUUUGUCCACUUAGCUGGAGCCGAUGAGCUUGAGAUACCGCUAGAUGAGCCACAAAAGGACGAGCGAUGUCGAAGUAUUGAACGAGGCGCCAAGAUCAUCACAGUCAUGCCAACCACGUAUUCCGUUGUUCUACAGAUGCCACGAGGCAACUUGGAGACUAUCUACCCACGAGCGCUUGUGCUCGCAGCCAUCCGUCGCAGUAUUGAGGCUGAACAAUAUUUUGAAGCGUUCCUUGCCUGCCGGAAUCAACGAGUGGACAUGAACAUCUUGCACGACCACGACCCUGAAAGGUUUUUAUCUAACAUUGAAAGCACCUCGACUUGCUUCUUGCGCAACUACGGUAAGAGUGUCCGUUUGGGAGACAUAGUCAUCACUAACGAGGACAGGAAUGAGGAUGUGUCAGAGACAAUGUACAAGGAAACGUUGAAAGCGAAAGACCUUGUCGAAAAGUCGAAGCUGUCACAGGCACAGGUCGAGAAUAAAGUUAAUCGUAUCAGCGACGCGUUCCUGGCUGUGCUCGAGGAACCAAAGUACAAAGACGAGCACCUACAGAAUAUCAUCACUGCCCACGUAUCGAAAGUACCACCCGCACUGGAGGCCGGUCUUGAAAUGAUUGGAAGGUUGCAGACCGCUCAAGAUCCGCUCACUGACAAAGCUGCUGAGCACAUCUGCUUCCUAGCAGACGUCAAUCAACUCUACGAGACUUCACUCGGCCUGUACAACCUCGACUUGGCUCUUCUCAUUGCGCAGCAGUCACAAAAGUCGCUGCAGGACCUUCCGCCCAUUCGUCGUCAAUUCCAGAUUGACGACCAGCUGGGACGACGUGCAAAAGCACUUGCGCAUCUCAACGAACUGCAAGCGCACGAUGAAGUACAAGAAUACGUUCAGAAGCAUGCGCUAUACUCGGAAGCCUUAGCAAUGUACCAAUAUGACAACGCCCGUCUCAAGGAGAUCAUGCAACUCUACGCCGACUACCUCAGAACCACCAACAAGAACAAAGACGCCGCGCUCGCAUACGAGUAUCUAGGCGACCACGCCUCCGCCUGGCCCUGCUACCGCGCAGCGAAUCUCUGGCGCGAAGCCCUAUCCUCUGCGACCCUCGCCUCUGUCCCAGCCUCCGAGCUCGAAACCCUCGCAUCCUCCCUCAUCGAAGACUUCACUGAAUCCAAAGACUACUUCGCCGCCGCCACAAUCACCCUCGACUACUUCUCCGACCCCGCCUCCGCAGCCCGUCUCCUCUGCCGCGGCGCCCACUUCGCCGAAGCCGUGCGCAUCGUGACCCUACGCAGGCAGCCUGACCUCAUCGCCGAAGUCAUCGACCCGGGUCUGAUCGAGCGCUCCGCCGACAUGACAGAAUUCCUCGCGGACAUGAAAGGCCAGCUGCAAGCGCAAGUGCCGCGCCUGCGCGACCUGCGGCUCAAGAAAGCAGAGGACCCGAUGGCGUUUUUCGAAGGCAUCAUGGACGGCGCAGACGCUAAUAUUCCUGAUAAUAUCUCGCUUGCGCCGACGGAUACCACGUCUGGAGGCACGUUUAUGACAAGGUACACGCACCAGACUGGCACGGUGAAUACGCAGGCGACGCGCAAGACGAGCAAGAAUAAGAGACGCGAAGAGAGGAAGCGUGCGCGUGGCAAGAAGGGGACGGUGUAUGAAGAGGAGUAUUUGACGAAUUCGAUUGAGCGGUUGAUUGAGCGCAUCAACAGCAUGCAAGAUGAGAUCGAGCGGUUGAUUGAAGGGCUGGUGAAGCGCGGUAUGAGGGAACGCGCGGACGCGGUGUCGAAUGCGGUCAACGAGGUCAUUGAGAGGUGUAGGGAUGCAGUUAAAGAGAUGUAUCCGCAGACGGAUGAAGCGGUUGGUGGUGUGUCUGUGGGUGCGGAUGCGAAUGGGGUUGAAGGCGAGAUGUUGAGGCCGACGGGAGGGGAUGCGACGCUUUGGGACAGUUUGCAGGAGGUGGAGAAGAAGAGAGAGGCGCCGGUUGUUAAGGCCUUUGCGAGGUUGAGUUUGUUAGGCUGA